UAUAGACUACGGUAGCCGUGAGCUGGAAAUAAAAUAAAUAGUCGGUAGCUCCGGACCCACGCGUCAGUCGUGGCGGCCGCAUCGCCUCGCCCCCAUUGGUGGAUAGCCCAUAGGCGCGCAGUGACCGGGGUGGCCGUUCCCCUCGCCCAGCCGCACAGCACCUGGAGAAAAAGGCUUCACUUCGCGUAUUCCCCACCUCUCCUUUCCCUUCCUCGCCCACUCCACCCCAUCCCGUGCAAAUCUGCAGCGAGAGCGAGGGCGAGGGGGAAGCAGAUCGGCGGGCGGUCGCGGCGCGGCGUAGCUCGGCUGGCUCGAUGGGCGGCGAGGGCGAGGACGGGGAGCGGCGGCUGGGGCGGAUGCUGAGCUUCGGGAUCCCGGACACGGCGCUGGGGCUUGUGAUGGGGUGCGUGGAGGACCCCUGGGACCGCGACGCCAUCUCGCUGGUGUGCCGCCACUGGUGCCGCGUCGACGCGCUCAGCCGCAAGCACGUCACGGUGGCCAUGGCCUACUCCACCACGCCUGAGCUCCUGUUCCGGCGCUUCCCGUGCCUCGAGUCGCUCAAGCUCAAGGCCAAGCCCCGCGCGGCCAUGUUCAACCUCAUCUCCGACGACUGGGGCGGGUCGGCUUCGCUGUGGAUCCGGCAGCUCUCGGCCUCCUUCCACUUCCUCAAGGCGCUCCACCUGCGCAGGAUGAUCGUGUCCGACGACGACAUCGACGUCCUCGUCCGCGCCAAGGCGCACAUGCUCGUCUCGCUCAAGCUCGACCGCUGCUCCGGCUUCUCCACACCCUCCAUCGCCCUCGUCGCCCGCUGCUGCAAGAAACUGGAAACGCUGUUCCUGGAAGAAAGCUCAAUCGCUGAGAAAGAGAAUGAUGAAUGGAUUCGCGAGCUUGCUGCAAACAAUUCUGUUCUCGAGACACUGAAUUUCUAUUUGACAGAUCUCAGGGCAUCCCCAGAGUAUCUUACCCUCCUUGUACGCAGUUGCCAAAGGCUGAAAACUCUGAAGAUUAGCGAAUGUCCAAUGCCUGACCUGAUCAGUUUGUUCCGUACAGCACAAACACUUCAAGAAUUUGCUGGUGGUUCCUUUGACGAUCAGGAUCAGGCUGUGGAGAGUAGAAAUUAUGAGAACUACUAUUUCCCCCCCUUGCUACACCACUUGAGUUUGCUCUACAUGGGAACUAAGGAGAUGCAGAUACUAUUUCCGUAUGCUGCUGCACUCAAGAAGUUAGACCUUCAAUUUACAUUCCUUUCCACAGAGGAUCACUGUCAGAUAGUUCAGCGCUGCCCCAAUCUAGAAAUUUUAGAGGUAAGGGAUGUGAUAGGGGAUCGAGGAUUAGAAGUUGUUGCGCAGACCUGCAAGAAAUUACAGAGGCUCAGAGUGGAGAGAGGAGAUGAUGAACAAGGAGGUCUUGAGGAUGAACAAGGUAGGAUUUCACAGGUUGGGUUGAUGGCUAUAGCCCAAGGCUGCCCUGAGUUGACAUACUGGGCAAUACAUGUCUCGGACAUUACAAAUGCAGCUUUAGAGGCCAUUGGUACAUCCAGCAGAAAUCUUAAUGAUUUUCGCCUUGUCUUGCUUGAUAGAGAAGCACGGAUAACCGAAUUGCCACUCGACAGUGGUGUUCGCGCUUUGCUGAGAGGUUGCACCAAACUCCGCAGGUUUGCAUUUUAUGUGAGACCUGGGGUUUUAUCUGAUGUUGGCCUUGGCUACAUUAGCGAAUUUAGUAAGAGCAUUCGUUACAUGUUGCUCGGUAAUGUUGGUGAGUCUGAUCAAGGACUGCUGCAAUUCUCAAAAGGUUGCCCAAGCUUGCAAAAAUUGGAGCUGAGAGGUUGUUUCUUUACUGAGCGGGCAUUGGCCAUUGCUGCGUUACAGCUUAAGUCACUGAGAUAUCUGUGGGUGCAAGGAUACAAGGCAUCUCCAACUGGCGCCGAUCUUAUGGCAAUGAUACGCCCCUUCUGGAACAUUGAAUUUAUUGCUCCAGACCAAGAUGAACCUUGCUCAGAGGGUAAAGCUCAGAUUCUGGCAUACUACUCCCUUGCUGGAAGGAGGGCAGAUUGCCCACCGUCGGUAAUUCCACUCUACCCCGCAUGUUGAGCGUACAUAUUUUUUGUUGCCAGACUGCGGCUCAUGGUAAGUAUAGGUCCAUGGCACCAAAUAUCUGCAAAGUCAAUGGUAACCCCUAUUCUGCUUGUUGAGGGAAUUCGGACAUUCCACUGCACCGAACCCCAAAGCUAGCUUAAAGCAGGAUAGCUGUUUAGCCUGAGGAACAGAGCGCUUUCCGGACUAAGAACAGUCAUGCAUAUCUGGAGGCAGCUCUUCUGCAUCAGCUUAGCCCAACUGGCCAACAUGGAUAUGUAAACCUCACUUUUUUAACUAGGUUUGGACAUACAAUUUUGUAAUAAUGUGCUCUGUUUAGUGUAUCUUAUCAUUUUUGGAUUCUUCAGCUGUAUGCCGUAUUAUUGCUAUAUGAACAAGUAUGUCAAUUAGUUACUU